GUUUUUAGAAUAACACCUAUGUGUGUCAGGCGGUGUCUCGAACAUAACAAAGGAAUAAUGGGCUAAAUGUGUCUCCAGAAAAGCUCUAAAGACUUCUCCAUGUCAGAUAAGGACACCGGCCGUGGGCUCUUGACGAAUGGCGAGGUCUCAUUGCCAUCCUGCCGCCGCUGCGACUGCAGUUUCUCGGCGAUGUAAAAGUUAGUUCGUAUAAAAUGUGAUCCUAUAAAAAGUUUUGAGAGGAACGGGAAAGAGCGACGCGGUGGCUGAGAGCUGGCUUUUCCAGAUGGAGACAGACCUGAGGCUGGAGUCAAGCCUGUGGGUCGGGAACAAAAGAUACCGGGCGGUCCUGACCGGCUGGCACUUCAACUGGACCGAGGUAGAUAAGAAGAAUCGCGAUAAGAAAACAAUUUCAGUACCUGUAGCAGAGGUGGUUGGAGUGGAGGAGGGCCGGGUGGAGAUCCUGCCCCAAAAGUUGUUUGAGGACAGAGACAAAGACUUCACAGUUUUCUACGUGAAGCGCAGCAGCGGUGGGGGCUCUUCUGGGUUGCUAUGGAGACUGGGCCGGACCCAGUUCAGCUGCCCUAGUCGGGUCCUCAGAGACCAGUGGACAAAACACCUAAGGACUGCUCUCAAAACACACAGUCCAUUACGGCCGCAUAGACUGUUGGUGUUUAUCAACCCCUUUGGGGGAAAGAGAAGAGGAAGAAAGAUCUACCAUUCUGUGGUUGCCCCUUUGUUUGAGCUGGCUGGUAUCAGCUCUCAUGUAAUAGUGACUGAGCGGGCAAACCAGGCCAGAGACCACCUCCUGAAGAAAGACCUGACAGGCUUUGAUGGUGUGGUGUGUGUGGGUGGCGAUGGCAUGUUCAGUGAAAUACUUCACGGUUUGAUUGGGCGGACACAACAAGAAGCAGGCCUUUGUGAGAACGAUCCCGCUGUCACCUUACAGUCUUGUCCGCUUCAUAUUGGCAUCAUCCCUGCAGGUUCUACAGACUGUGUGUGUUAUGCCACAGUGGGAGUGGUCGACCCUGUUACUUCAGCUUUGCACAUUGUCAUUGGAGACUCGCAGCCUUUGGAUGUAUGUUCAGUUCAUCAUGGACCUGCUCUGGUGCGCUACUCUGUGUCUCUGGUGGGCUAUGGUUUCUAUGGGGACGUCCUGGCAGAGAGUGAAAAACACCGCUGGAUGGGUCCUCUCAGAUAUGACUAUUCAGGCACAAUGGUGUACCUGAGCAACAGAAGCUAUGCAGGCAUAGUUCAGUAUCUACCAGCAGACCCGCUGCUCUCCAGCCCUAGAGAUAAAACACGCUGCCUCUCAGGGUGCAGUGUGUGCUCCAGAAGCACAGAAAGACUUUUCCCCAACCCCUCAGAUUCAGGAUCCCUGUACAGCUCCCACUUCAGCCAGUUCAGUCGUGACUCAGAAGGUGAGUGGGUGAGUGUGGAGGGCAGGUUUAGGUGUGUGUCUCUCACUUGUAUGUCCAGCUCAUGUCCCAGGAGUCCUCAAGGCCUCUCUCCUUCUGCUCACCUGGCGGAUGGAACAGGGGACCUCAUCCUGGUGUGGGACACUCAUCCGCUGGGCUUCCUAAAGUUUCUCUACAGGCACACGAGCACAGAAGACCAGUUUGACCUGCCGUUUGUGGAGGUCCACCGUGUGAAGGCUGUCCGUUUCUUCCUUCCUUCUGGCAAAGAGGAGGAAGCAUAUGAAGAGAUUGGAGGGCAGAAUGGAGGGAUGGAUGAAGAGGAGAGAGGAUAUCUGGAAACUGCAAGCAGGAGUGGCUCUCAGCAGCACCUGACAGAGAGGGACACAGGACCAGAAAUGACAAUGGAGCAGAAAACAGCGACACCCUUUCUCUGUGGCCUGUGCUGCCGUAAAUCUCCGUCUGUGUCGGUGUGGAACUGUGACGGAGAGAUUCUGCCUUUCACAGAGAUCCUCUGCAGGAUUCAUGGGCAGUUGGUGCAUCUGUACGCCAGGGGCAUCGAGGAUGGCACAGCUGUGCACAACUGCAGUGAGGAAAGUGACAUGUGUGAACGGAGAUGCAUCCUACUCAAAUAGUCUCACCUCAGAGACAAAGCGUGAGGGAAUGUUUAUUUGUGAAUUUACAGACUUGCAGUCUGUCAAGGCCAAAGAGUUCCUAAUAUUUCAGGUACUUUCAAAGGUUUUCUCAUUGUAAUUGUGGAAAAAAAGAUCAUUUAUUUUUAAAUCAGUUUGGUGAAUACUGCUUCUUAAAACACUAAGAAAAGACUUGCUAAAUAAUACACUUAUAAUAAACUUAUCUGUGGUGCAGAUUUUUUUCUGCACAAGGUAAGUUACUUAAAGCAAUAAUGUGUACAAUGUGUGUACAGUUCUGUACAUUUGAAGCAUUUUCACUUGAGCUUCCAGAGAAUAAAAUCAUGGCAGAAGUUAAAAGAAAAAAAAGCACCUUUUAUACAAUAAAAAGACUG